AUGGGCGAGUCGUCGGUCGGCUACGACGGAGAAGAAGACACGCUCAAUCGCAUGGGCAGAAUCUACAACAAGAUCCUCAACUUUAGCAUCAUCACUCGCUACUUUGUUUACGUCUCUCCCUUGGCUCUCUGUAUCGCUGUCCCCAUUAUCGUCGGAGCCACAGCCGCCCCCAAUGCAAAGAUUGGCGGCGUGCCAAUCGUCUGGUUCUUUACCUGGAUCGAANUGUGGUUGAGUCUGUGGGGCUCCAAAAUCGUCUCCCACUUCCUUCCCUUCGUCUUCCAAUUCGUCGCUGGUGUCGUCAGCUCGGGCACUCGCAAAUAUGCUCUCAUCAUCAAGGCACUCGAGAUCCCUCUAUCUCUGGCAGGCUGGGCCAUCACCUCUUUGGCCACUUUCAUGCCUCUCAUGACACGCAACCCGUACGGCCGCGCCCACAACCAAGGUCAGACACAUUGGAUGAAGAUCAUGAACCAGGUCUUGGCCGCCUGCCUGAUCGGCACCCUCGUGCUACUGGUCGAAAAGUUCUUCAUUCAGCUCAUCAGCAUAAACUACCACCGCAAGCAGUUCAACGCCCGCAUCAAGGACUCCAAGCGCAAUGUCUUCCUGCUGGGUCUGCUCUACGACGCUUCGAGAACUCUCUUCCCCGCUUAUGAAGUCUUCGCCGAAGAGGACUAUAUGAUUGCCGAUCAGCUCAACCUGUCCAUGUUGGGUGGAAAGAAGGGAGGAGACCACAAACGUUCCGGAUCAGUCACUCCCUUCCGCUUGCUGCAAAAUGUUGGAAGAUUUGGUGACCAGGUCACUUCGGCCUUUGGAAACGUCGCCCAAGAAAUUACCGGAAAGCAGGUCUUCAACCCCAACAGCGCCCACUCGAUUGUUACUGGCGCUCUCGAGAAGAGACGAACCUCAGAAGCCUUGGCUAGACGCUUGUGGAUGUCCUUUGUUAUCGAGGGCAAGGAAGCCCUGUACGAAGAAGAUAUUAUCGAGGUUCUUGGCGAUAAUCGCAGAGAGGAGGCCGAGGAAGCCUUCAUCAUGCUCGACAAGGACUGCAACGGUGACAUUUCCCUCGACGAGGCUGUUCAGCAGGUCAUCCAGAUCAGCCGUGAUCGCAAGGCCCUUGGUACCAGCAUGCACGAUGUCGAUCAAGCUAUCAACGUCCUGGACAGACUGCUUAUGGUCAUUGUCUUCAUCAUCAUUGUCUUCACAUUCAUUGCCUUCCUCAACGCCAGCUUUACCACUACUUUGGCCACCGCCGGAACUACUCUGCUCUCUUUGUCAUUCGUCUUCUCCGUCACUGCCCAAGAAGUCUUGGGAUCUUGCAUUUUCUUGUUCGUCAAGCACCCUUACGAUAUCGGAGAUCGUGUUGACAUCGGUUCUGACCAUCUCGCUGUCGACCACAUCUCUUUGUUGUUCACGGUCUUCCGUCGUAUCAGCGGUUUGGAGGUUGGCAAGUGCGUCCAGAUCCCUAACAACGUACUCAACGGUCUUUGGAUUGAGAACGUCAGCCGAAGCAAGCUCAUGAAGGAGCAACUUACUCUCGACGUCAGUUUCGACACGACAUUCGAAGAUAUUCAGCUCCUCAAGAAUGAACUCCUCACCUUUGUCUGCGACAAGGACAACAGCCGCGACUUCCUCCCCGAAAUUGACGUCGAAGUCUUGGGAACUUCCGACAUGUCCAAGUUGCAAUUGAGAGUUGAGGUUAGACACAAGGGCAACUUCGCCAACGAGACUCAACGUGCAUCUAGACGCUCCAAGUUCAUGUGCGCACUCGUCCAAUCUCUUCGCAAAGUACCUAUCAAUGGUCCCGGUGGUGGUGGUGACGCACUCGGUGGUCCUGCCAAUCCAACAUACUCCGUCUCUGUCUCGGAUGGUUAUGCUACCGAAGCUCGUGAAGCUUCUGCUGACGCCAAAGACAAGGCUAGACUCGUACCCAACAAGAAGGUCGAGGAAGCCAUGAGUCCCUCUCAGACACGUUCAAAGCACACUGGUACCGGUCCCCUUGGUCUUUCGGCAAAGGAGACAGCAAUCGUGGACAAUCUGCACUCACAAGCACCUGGUCUGGAUACCACGCGUGAUGAGCCUUGGAUGGAGACUGGUAGCAGCACAUUGGACGAACGCUCAAGCUCUGAUCGUGCUCAGGACAUUGAAGAUGUCAGAGGCCUGCUGGAAAGAGCAAAUACCAAAGGAAAGCGUCGCCCUUCGAACCACCCCACAAAUCAGCCUGGCAUGCCAACAAUCACUGAGCCCGUGCCUCCGAUAGCAUACACUGGCUAUGCCCAAACUGCCGAAGCUAGUCUUGAAGUCGACGAGUACGAACAAUACCGCACACAAGCUCAGGGUGGCCAAGGCUUGAACCUCAGUAUCCCCAACACUGGACCUGCGCUUCCUACCAGCCCGUCAGCGUACGUGCAAGGUUCGAGCUACCUGGACAGGACGACAUCGGGACGCCAACCUUCAGGUCAGCAGAACAUGGGCAGAAGCCCAAGCAACCCAUAUCGUCAACAGUCCACAAGAAAGGCAUCGAACCCUUACGACAGCGAUUGA